AUGUCUACCUUCGAUGAGAUGCUGUGAGUUUAGAAGCACUAUUCCCUCGCCGAUGUCACUGUUUCAGGCCGUUCUUAAUGAACAGCGACAAGAGCAUCCCGUGGUUAACGUGAGUGAAAACGUCCUAUUUCUAAAAGAAUCUCCAUGUCGAUUUCAGUCUGAGAGUCUUCUACAACAGGUGCGUUGCAGUGACCUUGACCCAAUUGACCACUUGCGAACAGUUGCUGGAGGAUGCUGCUGUGAAAGCGGUCCCGACACUCCGGUUCCAGCCUGAGAGAUGUGAGUAGGAGAAGUCUUCUUCAACUUUCAUAAAUUUUAGUGAAAGAGGAGAGGAAGAAGUGGGUGGAUACUGUCAAGAAAAUCAUUUGUCUGCGAAGCCGUUAGUUUCGAAUUUCUUUAGUCUUCAAUACAAAAUGGUGGCUUCAGAGUUCUCCAUGUGCACUCCGCCCACCACCACCACGCCGGCUCCAGUUGUUGCUCCUCCUGUACACGUCCCUCCACAGAUUCCUUCUCAGCAACCGAUCCAGCAGGUGCAGCAGCAAGUGCCUGAGACGACGAGUUCUGGCGGAUUCAUGUCGGAGCACAUAGGACUGAUCAUCGGAGGAAUCGUUCUGGCGGCAGUCGGGUGUCUCGUCGCCUGCUCGAUCAUCUUGUUCUUCAUGUCGCAAUCAAAGCCUCCGCCACCACCGCCCCCGCCGAGAAGAUCCGGACGGUCCCGAAUGGAUUCCGUCUCGCGAAGUCGGUCCAGGAGCACUAUGAGCAAGGUGGACAGGAAGAAAAAGAAGAAGAAGAAGGCGAAGAAGGCGAAGGCGUCGGAGAGUUCGGAGAAGAAAUCGGUGCAGAAAGAGCCGAAGAAGGAGGAGGAGGAAGACUGA